AUGGCGUCUGGAACCCUCUACACAUACCCGGAAAACUUCAGAGCCUACAAGGCUCUGAUAGCGGCCCAGUUCUCUGGCGCCCGGAUCAAAGUCGCUGAGGACUUUGUGUUCGGCGAGACUAACAAGAGCGAGGCGUUCUUGAAGAAGUUCCCGUUGGGCAAGGUGCCAGCAUUCGAAACAUGUGAUGGCAACUGUAUUACAGAGAGCAAUGCAAUUGCUUUCUAUGUGGCCAAUGAACAACUAAGAGGAAAAACUGACAUCGAACGCGCAUUGGUUAUCCAAUGGCUUGAUUUUGCUGAUUCUGAAAUUCUCCCUGCUAGUUGUGCUUGGGUGUUUCCUUUACUUGGAAUAAUGCCGUAUCAUAAGCAGACUGUCGAGCAUGCUAAGGAGGAUAUAAAUAAAGUGCUCACUGUCUUAAAUUCGCAUUUGCUUACACGAACUUACUUAGUGGGCGAGCGGUUGACUCUGGCAGAUAUUUGUGUAGCUAUGACGUUGUUACACUUGUAUCAGUAUGUUCUUGAGCCAGAGCUACGUAAGCCCUAUCAGAAUGUAAAUCGGUGGUUCCAAACGGUUAUUUACCAACCUGAAUCCAUUGCUGUCAUUGGUGCCUUUAAAUUGGCGGACAAGACUCUCGAAUAUGAUCCUAAGAAAUUUGCGGAAACCCAGGGAAAAGUUUCAAAGAAAGAGAAGAAAGAGAAAGAGUCCAAGAAGGAACCAAAAGAACCUAAAGAGUCGAAGAAGGAAUCUAAGACUUCAGACAAGGCUCCAGUUGCAGAUGAGGAUGUUGAUGCAACAGAUGAGGCUUUGGCUGCUGAACCGAAAAAGAAAAAUCCCUUCGCUUCGAUGCCUAAAAGCUCCUUUGACCUCGAUGAUUUUAAACGUUUUUAUUCAAACGAGGAUGAAUCUAAGUCUAUUCCAUACUUCUGGCAGAAGUUUGAUCCAGAAAAUUAUAGUAUUUGGCUUGGUGAAUACAAAUACAACAAUGAAUUGACUAAAGUUUUCAUGUCUUGUAAUUUAAUUAGUGGUAUGUAUCAACGAUUAGAUACUAUGAGAAAAGGUGCAUUUGCUAGUGCUUGUAUAUUCGGAGAUGAUAAUGACAACACCAUCAGUGGUAUUUGGAUCUGGCGUGGACAGGAUCUUGUUUUUACACUGAGUCCAGAUUGGCAAGUAGAUUAUGAAUCGUACAGUUGGACAAAACUGGAUCCAUCGAAGGAAGAAACCAAGGAUUUGGUUAAGCAAUAUUUCAGCUGGACUGGCACGGACAAAGAUGGACGCAAGUUUAACCAAGGAAAAGUUUUCAAGUAAAUCUUGAUACGUGCAUCAAAUAAACGAAAAAUUCUAUUCGCAUGAAAUAAACCUAAAAAAAAUGAUAAAAUAUAUCGCAAGAGAGUUUGUACACGUCCUUCAAAAAUCCUGUAUUUGAUAGGAUAAAGCAGCAUCCGGGAUCUUUCGCCUAAGUAUGUUCCUUUUUCUCGAUCUCUGUCAUGUAAUAUGCAUCGUCUAGUUUCCAAACGUCGAAAAAUUUCUUCAAAAGUAUAUGAAAGUAUCGUAAAGUCUCCUAUUGUGAAGAAAUAUCUAGAGUUCGCGAAUUUUUAUCAUUAGGAUAUCGCAUAUUUAUUUUGAUAUUCCAUACACGCGUGUACACAAACACACACACUUAAUUUUUUAUUUAAAUCAUCAGUAUGUUUGGUCACUUAGUUUGAGUUAUUACUAGAUUAUUUUACAAAAAUGUGUGUAUGUAGAACGAUACUACAGAAUCUUGGAACAAAUGUAUCAUAUACACGUGCACGUGGAGAAAGAGAACAAAGACUUAUGCUUUGAGCUCUAUGUUAAGCUUAUGAAAAUGUAAUUAUUUUACCAGGAAUAUAUGUGUAAAUUUGUUACGAUUAUUA